AUGGCGUACCUCUUCUACACCCUAACCUUCCUCUUCCUCCUCACCUCCACCAGUAAACACACCCUCUGUCACCAGCUCUUCCCACGCACUGACACUUCCACCCUCCCAGUCCUCUACCUCACCCGCAACAUCUGGAAACCCCACGCCCCACCCAUCCCCUACCUAACCGCCCCGGGCACCAUCCCCGCCCCCCUCUACCGCAUCCACGACACCAUAUCCGACUACCUCGACUCCUACCGCUACUCACGCGUCCCCACUUCCGCGACAUUCGCCGAAGACGCCGAGGCGGGGUUCCACAGCAGUAACUUCAACAUUGCAGAGAAUAUCGAGGCGGGAGAUUCGAGGCGGGGGUUGGAUGAUCGGGGCAAGAGGGAGGUGGAGAGGAUUAUGCGGAAGAGGGGGGUGGGGUUUGAUGAGGCGAGGAGGGUGUGGGUGAGUGAGAGGUUUAGGCGGGAAGGGGUGGGGGAGGAUGGAAGGCCGUUGGAUCGGAAGGCUGUGAUGUUUUCCUAA